UGAUCUGAAUCCAAAAUCGGUAAUGGCGGCUUUCAUGGACGGGGAAAACGAAAGUAGCUAUCCUCACGAUGACUUGUUCACGGUGCUUGGACCUCCGGAGAAAGUGGAUGUUUGGCGCGAAGAUGCAGAUAUUGCUGCGUACCUACAAGAGCUAAGUUCCUACCAAGUGCCGAGACUGUCCCAAGAACCCGAAAGACUUGCUGAGGAAAAGGCACUUGUCCUCGAGCAGACCCGAGAGCUUGCCUUCGAGAACUACAAGACAUUCAUUCAGACAGCACAAUGUUCAAGGGACAUCUUCAAAGAGUUCGGUAUGGUGGAAAGCAAACUGGACUCGAUGCAGGAGAAGCUGCCAGAGUUUGCAAAGAAGUGCCAGCUGUUCAGCCAAGAGUCCCAGCUCAUUACGGCACGAUGGCGGCAGAUGUCUCAGAUGUUGUCGAAGCACCCGCAGCUGCUGGAAGUGCUGGAACUGGCGCAGCUGAUGGAGACGUGCGUGCGCAACGGCUACUACGACGAAGCCCUCGAGCUGGCCGCAUACGUGCGCCGACUCGAGAAGAAGCACGCCUCCAUUCCCCUCAUCACGAGCAUUGCUGGGGAAGUCCGUGAGUCCCAGCAGCUGAUGUUGAAUCAGCUCUUGCACCAGCUGCGCUCGACCAUCCAGCUUCCCGCGUGCCUCAAGGUGAUUGGCUACCUUCGUAGGAUGGACUGCUUCUCAGAGUCAGAGCUCCGAGUCAAGUUUCUCCAGGCUCGGGGAGCAUGGUUUCAGGGUGUCCUAAGCAACAUCCCCAACAAAGAUGCCUACACCCACUUGAGCCGCGUGGUGGAGGCAUGCCGCGUUCACCUCUUCGACAUUGUAACCCAGUACCGUGCCAUCUUCUCGGACGACGACCCCUUGCUGGGACUUUCAACCAAGGACAGCCAGGAUCCUGGCCCCAGUGUCUUCUACAGCUGGAUCACGUCUAGGGUGUCCCAGUUCAUGCGCAUCCUGGAGACGGACCUGGCCAGGGACCUGGGUGGCCGGAUGGACUCUGUGCUGUCCCAGUGCAUGUACUUCGGACUCUCUUUCAGCCGGGUCGGGGCCGACUUCCGGCCGCUGCUGGCACACCGCUUUCAGGUGGCCAUUGGACGGCGCUCCGCCCACAUGGUGCAGGAGGCCACCGUCAGGUUUGAGAAGAUGAUGGAGUCCUUCACGCUGGUGACCCUUCCAUCCCUGGGACCAGCUGCCAUGCUCAUGUCAACAAUCACCACCGAGGAGGGCGUAGAGCCUCCGCUGUCCCUGCUGGAAUUUGAGCCCCUGUCCCAGUACUGCAACGGAGUGCUGAGCGCCUUCAACGAGGUGCGCCUCUGCUCGUGCCUGGCCAUCGCCCGGCAGCUCAGCUCCUCCGUGGAGACCUCCCUCCGGACGAUCGUGGGCGUCAUCUGCCGCUUCCAGCUGGCUGAAGAGUCUGGCCUGACAGAGAAAGAAGUGGAGACGUUCUCGCGCUUCUGCGCCGCCUUUGCCCACGACCUGGUGCCUUUCUUGGACCGCUGUCUCGGCGUGCUCUUCCCCAGGGCUGAAAUUGCCAAGAUGCUGGGAGUCACCAUGGCCCAAGUGGCCAAGAUGGAAAAUAUGGGUCACCUGAACUGCGACAUGAUCAUAGAGCCCAUGAAGCACCUUGUGUCCGACUUCGAGGAAGACUUCUCCGUCCCAGCCAGUGUGGACGCGGACGAGGCAGAUGAUUUGAGCAAGAGCAGUGCAGAGGGAACCAAGAUGGUAGAAGAGUCUAGAGGACAAGAGCAGAAGGUGCCAGGAGAGCUGGAGGUUGCAGCUACCAAAGAGAUUGUAAACAUUCCUAAAGAACCCACAAUGCUUGAAAAACUGACAGUGUCUGAACAAUCGACAAUGGCUGAACAGUCGGUGGUAGCUGAAGAAUCGACAGUGGCUGAAGGAUUCACAGUGUCGGCAGAAUCCACAGUGGCUGAGGUACCCACGGUGGUUGAAGAACCAACAGUGGCCAAAGAAUGCAAGUCACCACAGGAACAGGAACCAACAUUAGUUGAGUGAACUCCAGAGGUCAUCAUCUGAAAAAUUGGUCAUAGAACUUGAAACUUUACUUGAGAAAGCGUCUGAAAUUACUAAUUGCCUAAUCAAAUUUAAAAAAUAAAUUUUUGCAGGGCUUUUACUCAUGAUGAUUUUGUUGCACACUAUAAAGAAAACACUGGCUUCCGUUUGACAAGUGGUGCAUAAAGGUGGAUCUGCAAGCUCAUCAGCUAUAGAAUUGUACUCUGUGGACCCUCCCCCAAUUGCUCUGUCAGCCUCACGUCAAGUGAAGAAGAGUGUGGAUUGAGUUAGCA